GCUGAACAUAAUGAUUGACAUGGUAAAUGAAACUUCCACCAACACACCAGAAGAGGUUCAGUUGAUAGCCAGAGGACUUGCUGCUAUCGUCAUGAAAGGCACUGAGCUCAGCUCCUCUGCUCAGGAAGAGGCUUCGUUAUUGUUUGCAAAGCUCAGCUCAUCUCUUCUCAUGGAUGUGAACGCAAAUGAAGAAAACGCAAAUGAAAUACAUGCUGCAGCCAGCACCAUUGUGGAAGGAGCAAGUAAUAUCCUGGACUACUCUUCAAAUAAAAACAUCUCUGAUGCCCUUCUUCUUGCUAUGAGCAAUACGCAGAGUGCACUGUUAGCAUUUAAAGAGGUUAAUGGGGCCCCAACUAUCAUCCAAGAGGCUCAUAUUGCUGUGUUUGUUAAGAGAAUAACACCGGGAAGUUUGCACACAGAGUCUAUUAGUAUUCUCAACAGUUCCUGGCCCACAUUUUCUCUCCCAAGUCUCCUCUCCAAAAUGUUACCUCCAAGUGAACCAGUGGAUGUACGAAUGCUGAGUAUGAACAAAAAUCCAUUCUCCUGGAAUAAGAGAGGGAACAUCAGUGGUCAAAUAGGUGCUUUAUCCCUUACAACAAAAAAUGGCUCCAGUAUCCCUGUUGAGAACUUGAGUGAGGAUAUUAAGAUUUUGUUGCCGAGGCCUGUUGGAGAGCAGGUAAACACCUCUGUGUUGGACCUAAGGAACUUCAGCACAACGUCCAUAGACAUUCCUGCUGACACUACGCUGGUGUUAAAGAUGGUGCCUUCAAAUGAUCCUCUACCCUUCAAACUGCUCCUUGGUUAUAUGGACUACCCCACUGAAACAAAUAAUGUAGCUAUGACAGAAAUGCCUCACCAGGGAACAACACAAGAGGAGAGAUACACUUGGCUACUAGACCCUAAGGAUUUAAAGGGAAAGACUGGAAUGCACUAUCUUGUAGUGAGGCCCAUUGUAGGUCCAGGUAGAAAAUCCAUCAAUGCCACUUUAUCAAUUACCUCCAUCACUACCGCAUGCAAAUUUUGGGAUGAAUCACAAUUGGAGUGGAGCACUUAUGGAUGCAGGGUUGGUGUUAAGACAACACAUUUAGUCACCCAGUGCCUCUGCAACCACCUCACCUCCUUUGGAAGCUCUUUCUUUGUCACUCCCAACAUUGUCGACCCAUCACGCACCGCUGAGCUUUUUGGGACUUUCGCUGAGAAUCCUGUUGUUGUUUGCUUUGUGGGGUCACUCUUUCUGGCCUAUCUCUUGGUGCUUGUGUGGGCACGACGGAAAGACAUCCAAGACACAGCCAAGGUGAAGGUGACUGUGUUGGAAGACAACGACCCCAUGGACGAGUACCGCUACCUGUUGAGUGUCAACACUGGGCAUCGGAGAGGAGCCUCCACUUCCUCCCAGGUGACAAUCACUCUGCUGGGUGCAGAGGGAAACAGUGAACCACAUCACCUGACGAAUCCAAAGAAACGUGUGUUUCAGAGAGGUGCGGUGGAUCUGUUCCUGCUAACUACACCCUUCUCCCUGGGAGAGCUGCAGGGCAUCAGGCUGUGGCACAACAACUCAGGGAGCCAUCCUGCCUGGUAUGUAGGCAAUGUUGUGGUGCAGGAUUUACAGACGGAGCAGAAAUGGCAUUUUCUGUGCAACUCCUGGCUGGCCAUAGACAUGGGUGAUUGUUCCCUCGAUAAAGUUCUUCCUGUUUCAACAGAGAUGGAUUUGAAAAGUUUCAGCAACUUGUUCUUUAUGAAGACUACAAAGGAUUUCAGUGACGGACACCUCUGGUACUCUGUGAUCAGCCGCCCACCAAGCAGCACCUUCACUUGUGUACAGAGAGUUUCCUGCUGUUUCACCCUGCUGCUCUGUACCAUGCUGACCAGCAUCAUGUUUUAUGGCAUCCCAAAAGAUCCCUCUGACCAGACCAUGGACCUGGGUCGCUUUGAGUUUACCUGGCAACAGUUCAAGAUUGGAGUUCAGAGUUCCCUCAUCAUGUUUCCCAUCAAUAUCCUUAUUGUUAGCAUCUUCAGAAACACUCGUCCUCGGGAGAUAUCUUGCUGCAAGCGCAAAACUGAAAAACGAGAUGCGCCUAAACAGACCUUUAUCUCACAGACAGCUACCACCGACAUGAAUGUCAAUGUCACUUUAGACACUGUCACCAAGGAUAUCACAAGAAUUACCCAUUCACUGUCCAUGAAAAGCAACCGGCCUGGACAACCAGUUGAUAUCAACACUGUCCUUUCUGUGGUGGAGGACUUCAUCACACAAAAUCACAAAGCCAGCGACACCACCCAGCCCAAAACUCUGACCUCUGGCAACCUUGUUCAGCCUCAGCUACCAGAAGGCAGUGCUGAUAUGCAUCCUGGGUCAACAGCGGAAGGGAUUCAAAAGCAAAGCAACAAAGCCAAGUAUCUCUACCGGCAGCUGUGUCACAUUGACAAAAAGCUGAUCCUGCUGGGACCAUCCAGCUUCCCCGCUCCACAUAGCUACAGCCAGGCUCUGCAGCAAGUCCAGGACAUGAAGGGACAUCUCCAAGAUCAGCUCUUCACUUUCAGCUGUAUUAACCCGAAUGAACUCACUCAGAAGAAGUUGAGCCCUGCAGACAGCACUGUGGAUGAUGGCAGUCUGAAUAAACGGGGGUGCUGUCAUGGAGGACUACCCUGGUGGUUUGUUUUUGUCGGCUGGCUGCUCGUGAUCUCGAGUAGUUUUGUAGCAGGAUUUUUCACAAUGCUUUAUGGGUUAAAAUUUGGGAAGGAACGCUCUGUGAGCUGGUUGGUGUCCAUGAUUGUCUCCUUUUUUCAGAGUAUCCUCGUCAUUCAGCCAUUAAAGGUGAUAUGUCUUGCAGUCUUCUUUGCACUUGUAACAAAGAAAAUUGAUGAGGAAGAAUUUCAUAAUGUGGCGUUUGAAGGAAAUGACAGAGAUUUAGCUUGUAAGGACCAAAAACUAGUCAGACGGGAGAGAAGUCUCUAUGAGCCGCCUCCUCCUGCAGACGUUGAGAAGAUGAGAAAGAACAUGAUUAUGGAACAGAAAGCCUUUGCCCUCCUCAAGGAGAUUUUGACCUACAUGGGAUUUAUGUGGAUGUUGCUGCUUGUUGCAUACGGCCAAAGAGAUCCCAAUGCCUUUUUCCUGACACAGCACAUCCGGAACAGCUUCAGUGGAGGCAUCUCAAACAGUAUGGGUCUUGAGGAUGUGUUCACUUGGGCCAACACAUCGCUACUGAGUAACCUUUUUGGAGUUUAUCCAGGAUUUAUCACAGAUGGAAACUCUAAGCUAGUGGGUAAUGCCCGUCUUCGUCAAGUGAGAGUACAGAAAAACUCCUGUCAGACUGCAGGCCCCAUGGUCCAGUUUGUGCCAGACUGUCACGCUCCAUACUCAUGGGAGGCGGAGGACAUGGGCUCCUAUGGCCCUGGCUGGAGCCAAUCUGCCAAAGAUAAUAUCUCUACGAGUACCUCCAGCCCGUGGACGUACCAGACACAGGCUCAACUCAGAGCGUAUGCUGUCUGGAGCCAACUGGUGCUCUACAGGGGCGGUGGCUUUGUGACAGAGCUCGGUCCGGAUUCACAAAAUGCAAGCAGCACUCUUGAGUAUCUGUUCAAGAACACAUGGCUGGAUAUUUACACAAGGGCAAUCUUUGUUGAGUUCACCGUUUAUAAUGCUAAUGUGAACCUCUUCUGCAUCGUCACACUCUUCCUCGAGACCACAGCUGUAGGAGCGUUUCAGUUCACCAGUGAGCUGCAGAGUGUUCGUCUUUACCAAUCACCUGAUGGUCUUUACAUCUUCGUUAUGGCGGCUGAGAUUGUGUACCUGCUUUUCAUCUUCUACUACAUGUUCCUGCAGGGCAAAUUAAUGAAGCAACAGCGGUGGGCUUACUUCAGGAAUAGAUGGAACCUUUUUGAGCUGACUAUUAUCUUACUGAGCUGGAGCACCGUGGCGGUCUUCAUCAAGCGGACCCUGCUUGGGAACCGCGAUAUGACCUACUUCCAAAACCACAAAGACAAAUUUCCCAGUUUUUACGACACAGCCAAAGCAGACUCAGCGCUCCAGUAUCUGAUCGCCUUCCUGGUCCUGCUUGCCACCUUCAAACUGUGGCAUCUGCUCCGACUAAACCCCAAGAUGAACAUGAUCACGGCUGCACUGCAGCGGGCCUGGAGCGACAUAAGCAGUUACCUUGUGGUCAUUGUGAUCAUGUUACUGGCAUAUUCCAUUACGUGCAACGUGAUGUAUGGCUGGCAGCUGUCCUCUUACAGAACUUUAUUGGAUGCUCUCUUGACCAUUGUCGCUUUGCAGAUGGGCAUCUUUAACUAUGACGAGGUCAUUGACUGCAACCCUGUGCUCAGUGGACUAAUCUUUGCUUCCUGUAUUGUGUUCAUGACGUUCGUGGUGCUCAAUCUCUUCGUCUCAGUGAUCCUCGCAGCAUUCACAAAGGAGCGAAUAUGUCACAAGCCCUCUGACGAGGAGGAGAUUGUCGACCUCAUGCUGAAGAAAAUCUGCGGUCUUUUUGGGAUCAGAUAUAACGAUCCUGACACGCUGAGGCAGGAUGUGAACAGGGACGGAGAUAUGCCUUCAUAACAGGAGAAAUAUCCUCAACUAUUGAUGGAAACAUGUUUCAGAAAUCUGGAAAGCUAGUAAACACCUAGCAACAUUUUGUUGUAUUUCAUAUGUGAUUGUUUUUAAUAUCUUGUAUGCCGUAAGCUCCACAUGUUCAUUUGAUCAUUUGUCAUUGUUUGCCUGUUCUCUACUGGGCGGUUACAUGAUGCUGUUCUGCUUUGUGAUUGUGACACAGUGAGGUGGGAUACAGAUUACAUUCUUCAAUAUUAGAUAAGUCAUCAUCAUACAUACACAAAAGGCAUAUGCAUCUAAAAAAACUAAAGGAGAAGAAAAACAAUUCUCUAAAAGAUACUGUAGACAGACAAUGUUUAAAUUUUCAUAAA